UAGGGUUAGUUGGCAUGGUGCAGGAGCAGAUGGGGUUGAAGUAGUGGAAUGGGCUAGUGUGUUUUGAAUGAGUGUAGGGUUAGUUGGCAUGGUGCAGGAGCAGAGGGGGUUGAAGUAGUGGAAUGGGGUAGUGUGCUUUGAAUGAGUGUAGGGUUAGUUGGCAUGGUGCAGGAGCAGAUGGGGUUGAAGUAGUGGAAUGGGCUAGUGUGUUUUGAAUGAGUGUAGGGUUAGUUGGCAUGGUGCAGGAGCAGAUGGGGUCGAAGUAGUGGAAUGGGGUAGUGUGCUUUGAAUGAGUGUAGGGUUAGUUGGCAUGGUGCAGGAGCAGAUGGGGUCGAAGUAGUGGAAUGGGGUAGUGUGCUUUGAAUGAGUGUAGGGUUAGUUGGCAUGGUGCAGGAGCAGAGGGGGUUGAAGUAGUGGAAUGGGCUAGUGUGUUUUGAAUGAGUGUAGGGUUAGUUGGCAUGGUGCAGGAGCAGAUGGGGUCGAAGUAGUGGAAUGGGCUAGUGUGUUUUGAAUGAGUGUAGGGUUAGUUGGCAUGGUGCAGGAGCAGAGGGGGUUGAAGUAGUGGAAUGGGGUAGUGUGCUUUGAAUGAGUGUAGGGUUAGUUGGCAUGGUGCCGGAGCAGAUGGGGUCGAAGUAGUGGAAUGGGCUAGUGUGUUUUGAAUGAGUGUAGGGUUAGUUGGCAUGGUGCAGGAGCAGAUGGGGUUGAAGUAGUGGAAUGGGGUAGUGGGUUUUGAAUGAGUGUAGGGUUAGUUGGCAUGGUGCAGGAGCAGAUGGGGUUGAAGUAGUGGAAUGGGGUAGUGUGUUUUGAAUGAGUGUAGGGUUAGUUUGCAUGGUGCAGGAGCCGAUGGGGUUGAAGUAGUGGAAUGGGGUAGUGGGUUUUGAAUGAGUGUAGGGUUAGUUGGCAUCGUGCAGGAGCAGAUGGGGUUGAAGUAGUAGAAUGGGCUAGUGGGUUUUGAAUGAGUGUGUCGUUAGUUGGCAGGGUGUUUUUUAGUGUUUUAUAUAUUCAUUUUCCCCCAUUAUGUAUCACAAAGUAUAAUGGAUUUAUAUUAUAGCCCAGUUGGGGGCGGUAAUACAACAUUGGAUGCCAUCUGCCGUUAUACUCAGAGGAAGUAGUUUAGAAAUGUUUGUUUUUAAACAGCCUUAGUAACAUUCAAGGAACAUUAUUGUUUUCUUGUGGUUUUUAUGGAAAGUUGUCUUAAUGUUCUGAGAGCAUAAAUUUAAACAAAACCAUGAGGAAACCAGCUGAAGUACUUAAAUUCUCACAGAAGAAUGUAGUCUCUUAACGUUCUCUGAACAAUUUGAGAAUAUUACUUUAAAUCAGGUCUGUUAAAACUCAUUUCUCGGAGGACCUGGUGUCUGCUGGUUUUUUGUUUUUUUCCUUUCAAUUAAGACUUAGACAACCAGGUGAGGAGAGUUCCUUACUAAUUACUGACCUUAAUUCGUUAAUGGAGUACAAGGCAAGGUACUCUGUGGAAUGAAUUUGACACGUGCUUUAAAAAGAACCAUGAGGAGAACUGUAGGAAAUGUUAUGCUGAAGUACUGAAAUUCCCAAGAAACAAAUGGUUCUCAGAAUGUUUUGUGCUAUAUGGGUAUCCUGCGGUAUUCCCAGAACAUGGUGGGAAGGUUGUAUGAAAAACCACUCGCCAAGCUCUAUGAAACAUGGCUCUCAGAACGUUAUACGCUAGCUGGGAAAUCAGCACACCUAGUCUUUAAGCUAAAUUGAUUAAGCUAAUUCUCCUGUUUUUAAUGUUUUUUUAAUCCUAUAGCAAUACACUUUUGGAAACCUUUUAACGUAACUGUCAUAAAUAACUUUUAAAAUAUACAUACCAUGCACAGUUUAGUGAAAUUGUAUCCGGCUGGUUUCACCCUUCGCUACGACGUCCUCUCACCUUGUGCUGACAUUUCCAUUGGACCAUUCCACAUACCUGGAUGCAUCGCACAUAUCUCUCUAAGUAAAGCCAGGUGCAGCUUUCCUAGACUGUGUACUGGCCGGCUGGAGAGAAAGAAGAAGAGACGGAAGGACACCAAGUCUUACUACUCAAAGAUAAAGGAAAAAGAAAACCGAAAGGAAUGGAGAAGGAAGCUGAAAAAAAGAGGCACCGAUUCACCCCUGGAGAUGAGGAUCUUAUUAUUUCAGGGGUACUUGGGCACUGGGAGGACCUCUUCGGCCCCCAGGCCCACAUUCGCCCCCGGGGGUCAAAGACUGCAACCUGGAACACCAUCGCUGGGACCUUGACCUCGGCUGUGGCGAGAUGUGGUGACGAUGUCCGGAAGAAGUACAAUCUCAUAAGGAGCCAAAUCAAGCAAAAGGUUUCUUCUAUCCGGACAUUGUCCACCCAGACUGGUGGGGGGCCAAACACCGUGCCGGCGCUGACCGACCUGGAGCAGCAACUUUUCUCCCGAAUGGCAGAGACCGAAGCUGGUGUAGGGCCUGUUGAUUUGGGAUUUGGUCCCUGUCAGGGAGAAAUCUCCAGCUCUGGUCCCCCAACAGCAGCAGAGGGAACUGUGGAGUCAGCUUUACCCUCUGUCACCGUGGAGGAGCAACCCUCCACCUCACCAUCAACACCUUGGCCAGCACCAACAGGGCCACCCCAACCCAUCACCUCCCGUCCUGCACCAGCUCACUCUGGCUCUGCUCCCCAACCCAUCAUCUCCCAUCAUGCACCAGCUCACUCUGGCUCUGCUCCCCAACCCAUCACUUCCCGUCCUGCACCAGCUCACUCAAUCCACUCUGGCUCUACACCCCAACCCAUCACCUCCCGUCCUGCACCACCAGCUCACUCAAUCCACUCUCAAUCAAUGAAUCAAAUUUAUUUUAUAAAGCCCUUUUUACAUCAGCAGUUGUCACAGAGUGCUUUACAGAUACCCAGCCUGAAACCCCAAAGAGUGAGCAACGCAGAUGCACUCUCUGGCACCUCACCCAAACCCAUCACCUCCUGUCCUGCACCAGCUCACUCAAUCCAGUCUGGCACCGCACCCCAACCCAUCACCUCCCGUCCUGCACCAGCUCAUUCCAUCCACUCUGGCUUUGUUCCCCAACCCAUCACCUCCUGUCCUGCACCAGCUCAUUCCAUCCACUCUGGCUUUGUUCCCCAACCCAUCACCUCCUGUCCUGCACCAGCUCAUUCCAUCCACUCUGACUCUACACCCCAACCCAUCACGUCUGGCUGGACACCACAAGGCCCCCAAGCCAAUCUUCUCCAACAAAUCCUGGACACACAAACGCAACAAAUCCAUGUUACACAGACCGCCCAGCACGUCCACCAAGCUCUUUAUGAUUUAUUAGAAAAAGCACAUGAAACACAGAAGGCACACCUGGAUGUGGAGAAGAACCGGCUCCAGCUGGAUAGAGAGCGCUUGAGGGUGGAGACAGAGCGCCUGCAGGUGGAGAGGGAGCGCCUCAAGAUGGAGAAGGAUCGCCUGGGGGAAGGGGAGGCGCUUCGGCAGCUCUCUGUCUCCGGGUCAGUCGCCCUAGAACACCAGACGCCUGUGAGUUCAAGAACUUCCAGUGCCUCCCCCACCCUUCUUCUGGGAACACCAUCAGCCUCCAUGUCCAGUCCCCUCACAUUAAUAUCACCUACUGCACCACACUUUGAUUUCUUAUUUUCCCCAUUCCCAUUACCGGUAAUCACAACCCAUUCCACCCAGCCAUCACAAACCAGCCCUGCCCCAACCCCAACCUCCCCAACCUUAAACAUUCCUGCCCCAACCUCUCCUACCUUAACCAGCCCUGCCCCAACCUCUCCUACCUUAACCAGCCCUGCCCCAACCUCCCCAACCUUAACCAGCUCUCCCCACUCUCUCAUCCCUCCAAUCUCCGGAUCGGUUAAACGGCGAGUUCAGGAGACAGUCCGGCCUUGGCCUGCACCCACUGCUAAGAAUACAAAACAUCAAUAAACAAAUAAUGUAAUAAAAUACAAGUUUAUUUUCUUACAGCCUCUUCACACUUACUACACAUUACUCACAUGUAAUCGUGCGUACUUGCUACGUAGAGAGAGUGGAAGGAUGAUAAGUCCUCCGGAAGUUUAGUUUUCUUCCAGUUCUGUGUAACUGAUCUGUUAGCAACCCUGAUCUGUUAGCAACCCUGUUCUGUUAGCAACCCUGUUCUGUUAGCAACCCUGUUCUGUUAGCAACCCUGUUCUGUUAGCAACCCUGUUCUGUUAGCAACCCUGUUCUGUUAGCAACCCUGUUCUGUUAGCAACCCUGUUCUGUUAGCAACCCUGUUCUGUUAGCAACCCUGUUCUGUUAGCAACCCUGAUCUGUUAGCAACCCUGAUCUGUUAGCAACCCUGUUCUGUUAGCAACCCUGUUCUGUUAGCAACCCUGAUCUGUUAGCAACCCUGUUCUGUUAGCAACCCUGUUCUGUUAGCAACCCUGUUCUGUUAGCAACCCUGUUCUGUUAGCACGUAGUGAGUCACUCAGUCAUGGAGCAGGAGAGGAGGA